AGUUCUAUAAGUACUACUUGUUUGUUAUGUAUGUAAAAUAUACAUAGCACUCCUAUUACUAUUCCUAUAUGAUGAUGUAGUACUUAUACAAAGUGUGUAAGAGGAUAUUAGGAUUAAGCAAGCACACUUAAUUGUGAGAAGAAGAAGAAGAAGAAGAAGAAGAAGAAGAAGAAGAAGAAGAAGAAUGAGACGCUCCUUGUUAGGAACAACUACUUCAUCGCGUUUCUCUAUUUCCUCCUCUUCAGAUGAUACAACAUGUGGUUCUCCUCACUGGAUUGGUAAAGGACUCACUUGUGUUUGCUUCAAGCCUAAGGGUGGAAACUGUCAACCAAUCUGCAUUACUUUGACCCCUUUACAGGAGGAAAGACUUAGAAGACUAAAACGCCGAAUGAAAGUUUACUUUGAUGCUUCCAAGCUUGAUCACCAGGAUGCUUUGAGAGCUCUUUGGUCUGCUUCAUUCCCUGGUGAGGAGCUCAAAGGCUUGAUUUCUGAUCAAUGGAAAGAAAUGGGAUGGCAGGGAAGAGAUCCAUCUACCGAUUUCAGAGGAGCUGGUUUUAUAUCCUUGGAGAACCUCCUAUUCUUCGCCAAGACAUUUUCGACUUCUUUCCAAAAUCUUUUGAUGAAGCAAGGAAGAAAGGGAGUUGUCUUCGAGUAUCCCUUUGCUGUUGCUGGCGUAAAUAUUACUUUCAUGAUUAUGCAAAUGCUAGACCUUGAUGCAGCAACCAAACCUAGGACUUUCAUAAGAACAGUUUUUCUACAAAUGCUUUCAGAAAAUGAAUGGGCAUUUGAUUUGCUUUAUUGUGUUGCAUUUGUGGUUAUGGACAAACAAUGGUUGGAGACAAACGCUACGUACAUGCAAUUUAAUGAUAUCUUGAAAUCAACGCGAGUUCAGCUAGAGAGAGAGUUGAUGAUCGAUGAUGUUCUGCGGAUUGAAGACAUGCCUUCUUAUCGUCUUCUUUUUUGACUAGUGGCUCAAGCUAAUCAUUACUAGCAUAUCUGUUAUUUUUCACAUCAUUCCUUACACCAUAUGAUAUCUCUGAAUUAAAAUGAACUCCUUUAGAAAUGUUCAAGAAAUUCUCACUAAAGGGCACAUGUAUGAUUUUGCAUUGCCUCGGCGAGAUUUUUGUUUGCAAGUUAUUUCUAACUAGUGACAGGAAGAGCUUAGAUGAUGUGAAAUCUCAACUAAUCGAACAAAUUGUUACACUAGUUCAUAUAGUCUUGUAAUGGUUGCUGUGAUUUUAUACCAGAUGAAUUAAUUGAACCAAA